AUGGCCUGCCCUGAGGUCCCACAGGCGCCAGCCCCGCACCAGCCCCAGCCCGUCUCGGCGGGAACCACCGGUGCCGCUGCAGGCCCUGCCGGGGGUCAUCACGGCUCCGAGGAUCGUGACCUGGAGUGCCUGGUGUGCCGGGAGCCCUACAGCUAUGUCCGACUUCCCAAGCUGCUAGGCUGCCAGCAUGCCUUCUGUCCUGUCUGCCUGAAGCUCCUGCUGUGCAUGCAGAACGACACCUGGUCCAUCACCUGCCCGCUGUGCCGCACGGCCACCGCCGUCCCCGGGGGCCUCAUCAGCAGCCUGCGUGACCAGGAGGCCGUGGUGGGGCGACUAGCCCGGCCAUGCCCAGAGGUGUGGCUCUGUCCUCAGGAGCUGGUGAAUCCUGCCACCUUGACAGCAGGGCACCCCAGCUUGGCGGGAGAGGAUGGGCAGGAUGUGGCGAGUGCCAACCGCGCGGCAGCCCGGCGCCUGGUGGCACACCUGCUCCUGCUGGCCUUGCUCAUCGUCCUCAUCCUGCCCUUCAUCUACCCUGGCAUCAUGCAGUGGGCACUCACCUUAAUCACCGCCCUGGCGCUGCUGAUGUCCAUCCUCUUCUGCUGUCACCCCCACAGCCAGGGCAGCUGCUGGCCCUGCCCCAGGACUCUCUUCUGCAGAGAGGAGAAACCCAGCGAGAUCUCUUCCGUGGCCUGA